CUUGAUAUCUAUGGCCGGCGAGGUGACCGACGUGAGCUCGCCACCGGUCAAGGUGGCCUUCGUUUCGACGCCACCGACCAGAAUGCUGUCACCGCUGGAAAAGUCGAUGGCAGUGACCACACCGACGGGGAAGGCGGUGGCGAGCAUGCGAGGUUAUUUGGAGGAGGUGGAGCAGAUAGCCAAGCUCGACCGGCAGGACGCAUGGCUUCCGAUCACAGAGUCCAGGAAUGGCAACGCCUUCUACUCUACCUUCCACUGCCUCUGCUCAGGAAUUGGCUUUCAAGUUCUGGUGCUUCCUGUCGCCUUUACCUUUCUUGGUUGGAUAUGGGGGACGCUGUGCUUGUCCUUGGCAUUCAUCUGGCAAAUCUACACUCUCUGGCUGCUUGUCCAACUUCACGAAUCAGCCACUGGAAUCCGCUACUGCAGAUAUAUUCAUUUAGCGAAGGAUUGCUUUGGAAAAAGGCUUGGCACCCUACUUGCCAAAUUCCCGACCAUGUACCUUUCGGGCGGAACCUGCUCUGCCCUCGUCGUCGUCGGUGGCGGGAACAUGAAGCUCUUCUUCGAAAUCGCAUGUGGUCCGACAUGCCAGUCGGAGCCGCUCUCUACCAUCGAGUGGUACCUCGUCUUCCUCUUCAUGGCCGUGAUCCUCUCGCAGCUCCCGAAUCUCAACUCCCUCGUCGGCGUCUCCCUCGCCGGGGCAAUCACCGCCGUAUCCUAUUGCACCAUUAUUUGGGCCGUCUCGCUCAGCCUGGGAAGGCUUCCCCACACUUCUUAUACUCCUGUGGACGGCAGAGGAAGAAUCAAUAGAAUGCUUGACAUCGUCAAUGCCAUCGGCAUCAUCGCGUUUGCCUUCAGAGGCCACAACCUUGUAUUAGAGAUACAGGCUACAAUGCCAUCGACUCCAAAGCAUCCUUCUCGCAUUCAAAUGUGGCGAGGAGUGAAGGCUGCGUACCUCGUCGUCGCGUUCUGCUUUUAUCCAAUUGCAAUCGGAGGCUUCUGGGCAUACGGUAACAAGAUACCUCCGAGCGGGAUUCUUCACGCACUGUUUGCAUUUCACGGCAACGAUACAUCUCGUGUUGUUCUGGGUUUGACGUGCCUCCUAGUAGUCAUUAACUGCCUGAGCUCCUUCCAAAUCUACGCAAUGCCGGUUUUUGACAACCUGGAAGCAGGGUACACCGGAAAGAACGACAAGCCUUGCCCGCGGUGGCUGAGAUCGGGGUUCCGAGCAGUUUUUGGAUCUGUGGUGUUUCUGAUAGCAGUGGCGUUUCCUUUCUUAUCGGACCUGGCGGGUCUCCUUGGGGGAAUUGCUUUGCCGGUGACGAUGGCUUAUCCCUGCUUCAUGUGGAUAGUGAUGAAGAAACCGGAGAAGUUCAGCGCAGUGUGGUGUGUUAACUGGGCGCUGGGGAGCUUGGGGAUGGGAUUGAGUGCGGUGCUGGUUGUAGGAGGCUUGUGGAGGUUAAUUGAUGUUGGUCUUAGCGUCCGGUUUUUCAAAGCUCAGUGAUUGUGUACGAGCCUGUGUAGUAUUUAGAGGUCACAUCAUAUUAUUUUGGGUAAAUGAUCAAAAUUUAUAAUUAGAUGAUAAA